AUGAGCCGCCAGCUGUUGCGGACGGCACGCGGCGGCGAGCUGAGCGACGACGAGGAGGAGGUGGACGGCAGCUCGGCAAUCCCGAGGAUUCGACGAGUACCGGAGCAGGAGCAGCGCAUGCUAGCGGCGGUGGAUAUGGGCACCAACUCGUUCCACAUGGUCGUCGUUAAAGCCGACAACAAGGGGCGCUUCGAGAUCGAGGACGUCGAGAAGGAGGACGUGCGCCUCGGCAGCGGCAGCUCGGGAUUCGCGGUGAUCACCCCCGAGGCGGAGGAGCGAGCGCUGGCGGCCGUGCGACGGCUGAAGCAGAUCGCGAAAACGCGAGGCGCGGCCAUUCGCGUCGUUGCCACGUCAGCAGUGCGCGAGGCGCGCAACCGGCGGUCGUUCGUCCGGCGCGUGCUGGACACCACGGGGGUUGACGUGGAGGUGCUGUCGGGGCAAGAGGAGGCCUGCCUCAUUUAUCUCGGUAUUCUCCAGGCCCUCCCAGUGUAUCACAAGACGGUCCUGACGGUGGACAUUGGGGGCGGGUCAACGGAGUUUGUGAUUGGUCGGGAGGGCAAGCCGCUCUUCGCCACGUCACUCAAGCUCGGCCACAUUCGCCUCACGGAGAAGUUUGCAUCCGGUGGCCUAUCAAAGAGUCAGCAGAUUCUGGAGAUGCGGCGAUACGUGCGCGUGCUGCUGGCGGACUCGGGCGUGCUCGAGGUGGUCAAAGGGGCCGAAAAGGAAAUCGAACUGGCGAUCGGCAGUUCGGGCACCAUCGAAACAAUCGAGCAGAUGAUCCACCAAUCACGUGCCAGCGGCACUAUCAGCACGGGCAGCACUGCAACCAUCACCACAGCCACCAGCAUCAGCAGCAGCAGCAGCGGGAGCGGGAGUAGAAGUAGUGGGAACGGGAGCAGCAGCAAUGGGUCUGCGGUAGCGUCUGGGGGGCAGAGCGGGAGGAGCAGUGGUGGCGGUGGGAAAGGUGGGGGUGGGAGUCCCAGUGGCGUUACCCAGAAUCAAGAGGCUGUUCUGCGCCGCCUAGUUGACCUCAAAGACCGCGAAUUCACCCUGGAAGAGCUCUCUGCAGUGGUCAAGAAGAUCUGCAAGGCCAAAACCCCCGAGGCACGCGCGAAGCUGCCCGGGCUGCCCGAGAAGCGCGCGGACGUGAUCCUGGGCGGUGCGAUUCUCCUGGAGGAGAUCUUCCUGGCCAUGGGGAUCACGAAGAUGCGCGUGUCGCCGUACGCAUUGAGGGAGGGCGUGAUCGUGGACACCCUUUCGAGGACGUUCACUGAUUUCAGCAUCACACCUGAUUUAAGGCGCAGUUCUGUGCUGAAGAUGGCCGGCAAGUUCAAUACCGGUUUAAGGAAGGAGUCGGCUCUCCACUGCGCAAGACUGGCCCAGCAAAUCCUGGCGGGCAUGCAGACGUGCAAGAUGGGCGGCUCAGAUUGCGUGUCACCAAUGAUGGCUCUGUUGGACGGCAACGAUUUCGAGGUGCUGGAGGCAGCGACGGUGCUGCACUAUGUGGGCAUGUUCAUCUCCCACAAGGGUUACCACAAGCACUCUUAUUAUCUUAUUAAGCAUUCGGAGCAGCUGCUGGGGUACUCGCCCAUGGAAGUGGAGAUGAUAGCUCUGUUAGUCCGUCACCACCGCAAGCGCCCCCCAUCAUCAAAGGACGAGGACUUUGCCAAGCUGCCCCCCGUGGUGCAGCAGAAGAUCAAAGCCCUCUGUGCCAUCAUGCGCAUCGCUGUGGCGCUCGAUCGCUGCUACACCGGCGCUGCUGCGAGCGUGCUUGUGCUGCAGGAUGACGAUUCGUGUGUGCUGGCGGUGACCCCAGCAGUGGAUCCCCUCACAGGGGCAGCACAGGACGUGUCUCUGGAGAUGUGGGCAGCACGGGGCGAGCUUGAGUACUUCCAUAAGAUAUUUAAGAAGGCGCCGUCCAUUGUCAUAGCGGAUGACCUUGAUGCAGACUUGCUGCUUGCAGAGCAGUCCAAGAGCCUCAGCUCUUAA